AUGCAACCUGGCCAUGAAGCUGCCGGCGGCCUUGCGGGCUUCGAGUAUCAGGGAUCAUAUAUUUAUAAGCCUGCGAAGAAAAGCAAUGAUACCAAUGGAACCUCGAAUAAAAGACGAAAGGUCAAUCAUGCCUCGAGCAGCCAAAGCUCAGGGAGCCGUAUAUCCCCGUUUGUGCCGCUCUUGAAUGGAUAUGAAACCAAGGAGUCCGUCAAAUUACGAUAUGGCCUAUUCCAGGACCUGUGGACUCAGAGAGAGCACACAAUUCAGUCGAUCCUCCGCGAAGUGGAUUCAGAAGUGCUAAAGAAUAUAGCAGCUUUCAUUGAGGAAUCCUCGACGGUAACCUGCAAUGGACGUAUUCCUACCGGAAUGAUAUCGGUAGGAUCAAAUAUAUCAUCAACGGGUGGUCUUUUAGAACGCCUACGAAAGGAGCUACAGAGUUCAGGCAAUGCAUGUUUAGUCACUCUAGACUCUGGGGACACAUCAAACAUCAAGAAUGCCUUGAAAACGAUCAUCAAACUUGCCAUCACAAGUAUGGAGGAUAUCGAUAGCUACCGCGACUCUUUAACGUCGAAAACGGGAUUGAAACUAUUGCCAUAUGAUCUGGACUUGAUGCUGGCAUGUGUCAGGAGAAAUGGCGUGAAGAAGGUUGUCAUUGCUUUUAGGGACAGUGAAGCCUUUGAUAGCAGUGUCUUGUCUGACUUGAUCACGCUAUUAUCGUAA